AUCCGACGUGUCAACGUUUAGCGAUACUCUUUUUAACGAACCAUACACCAGUCCACCACUAGUUUCUUACUUGUAUACAUCGCGUGACUAUCGUCGUCUGUCUCGCCGGAGAAAAUGGCGAGCAAUCUUCUCCGAUUUCCUCUUCCUCCGCCAUCGAGUCUUCAUAUUCGUCCAAGUAAGUUCCUCGUGAACCGAUGCUUUCCAAGACUGCGCCGUUCUCGUAUCCGGCGGCACUGUUCGCGACCUUUUUUUUUAGUAUCAAACUCGGUCGAGAUAAGUACUCAAUCAUUUGAAUCUACUGAAUCUUCAAUCGAAUCUGUGAAAUCCAUUACGAGCGACACGCCUAUUCUCCUCGAUGUGAGUGGGAUGAUGUGUGGUGGCUGCGUCGCCCGAGUUAAAUCGGUUUUGAUGUCUGAUGAUCGAGUCGCGUCUGCUGUGGUUAACAUGCUGACUGAAACCGCGGCUGUGAAGUUUAAACCGGAGGUUGAGGUGACGGCGGAUACGGCAGAGAGUUUAGCUAAGAGAUUGACAGAGAGUGGUUUUGAGGCUAAGAGGAGAGUCUCGGGUAUGGGAGUGGCGGAGAAUGUGAAGAAGUGGAAGGAGAUGGUAAGUAAGAAAGAGGACUUGCUUGUUAAGAGCAGGAACCGUGUGGCGUUUGCGUGGACAUUGGUGGCUCUGUGUUGCGGGUCUCACACUUCGCAUAUUCUUCAUUCCUUGGGAAUUCACAUUGCUCAUGGAGGGAUUUGGGAUUUGCUACACAACUCUUACGUGAAAGGUGGUUUGGCCGUUGGAGCUUUGUUGGGACCAGGAAGAGAAUUGCUGUUUGAUGGCAUAAAAGCUUUCGGGAAAAGAUCACCUAAUAUGAACUCGUUAGUUGGAUUGGGAUCCAUGGCUGCAUUUUCCAUCAGUUUGAUCUCACUAGUUAAUCCAGAACUGGAGUGGGAUGCUUCCUUCUUCGAUGAACCGGUCAUGCUGCUUGGCUUUGUGCUCCUUGGUCGUUCUUUGGAAGAAAGAGCAAAGCUUCAAGCAUCUACCGAUAUGAAUGAACUAUUGUCACUCAUCUCCACUCAAUCAAGACUUGUGAUUACUUCAUCAGACAAUAACACCCCAGUGGAUUCUGUACUUUCCUCUGAUUCAAUUUGCAUCAAUGUGUCAGUUGAUGAUAUCCGAGUUGGAGACUCGCUAUUGGUUUUGCCUGGUGAGACAUUUCCUGUCGAUGGGAGUGUCCUAGCUGGAAGAAGUGUUGUAGAUGAAUCUAUGCUGACAGGAGAGUCACUUCCGGUGUUUAAAGAAGAAGGCUGCUCAGUUUCAGCGGGAACAAUUAACUGGGAUGGCCCUCUACGGAUCAAAGCUUCUUCUACUGGUUCCAACUCAACGAUAUCUAAAAUUGUCAGAAUGGUUGAGGAUGCACAAGGUAAUGCAGCUCCUGUACAGAGGCUGGCAGAUGCAAUAGCUGGACCCUUCGUCUAUACUAUAAUGUCUUUAUCUGCAAUGACGUUUGCCUUCUGGUAUUAUGUCGGUUCACACAUAUUCCCAGAUGUUUUACUCAAUGAUAUUGCUGGACCUGAUGGAGAUGCUUUGGCCUUAAGCUUAAAACUGGCUGUGGAUGUCUUGGUAGUUUCCUGCCCCUGUGCACUGGGCCUUGCAACACCAACUGCCAUAUUAAUUGGCACCUCUCUUGGAGCAAAGCGGGGAUAUCUUAUCAGAGGAGGAGAUGUUUUAGAACGUCUGGCAUCCAUAGAUUGUGUGGCUUUAGACAAGACAGGUACUCUUACUGAAGGAAGACCUGUCGUCUCUGGUGUUGCUUCUCUAGGAUACGAAGAACAAGAAGUUCUUAAAAUGGCUGCUGCGGUGGAGAAGACAGCAACACACCCAAUAGCAAAGGCUAUUGUAAACGAGGCUGAAUCUCUGAAUUUGAAAACUCCAGAAACAAGAGGCCAAUUGACAGAACCAGGCUUUGGUACUUUGGCAGAAAUAGACGGACGUUUUGUUGCAGUGGGUUCACUUGAGUGGGUUUCUGAUCGUUUCCUCAAAAAGAACGACUCCUCGGACAUGGUGAAGCUGGAAAGUUUAUUGGAUCAUAAAUUAUCAAACACAUCAUCAACGUCUAGAUACUCAAAGACUGUUGUUUACGUUGGCCGUGAAGGAGAAGGGAUCAUUGGUGCUAUUGCAAUAUCCGAUUGCUUACGCCAAGAUGCUGAAUUUACUGUAGCCAGGCUGCAGGAGAAGGGCAUCAAAACAGUCCUCUUAUCAGGGGACAGGGAAGGGGCAGUGGCAACUGUGGCAAAGAAUGUGGGGAUUAAGAGUGAAUCAACCAAUUAUUCCUUGUCUCCUGAAAAGAAAUUUGAGUUUAUAUCUAAUCUUCAAUCCUCUGGACAUCGUGUUGCUAUGGUGGGUGAUGGCAUAAACGAUGCUCCCUCGUUGGCUCAAGCUGAUGUUGGAAUAGCUCUAAAGAUCGAGGCACAAGAAAACGCUGCAUCAAAUGCAGCAUCAGUCAUACUUGUCCGCAACAAACUUUCACAUGUAAAUGCUUCAGGAGCCACUUUUCCUCAUUCAAGGGACCAUAACCAAACCUGAGAAUUUCUCAACUUCAAAAUCUAAGCUAUAUAAUAAGCUCAUCACUUGUGGUUUUUUUUUUUUUUGUGUGGUUAUAGGUUGUGGAUGCACUGAGUCUUGCACAAGCAACUAUGUCGAAAGUAUAUCAGAAUCUAGCGUGGGCAAUUGCGUAUAAUGUCAUCUCAAUCCCUAUAGCUGCAGGUGUCUUGCUUCCUCAGUAUGAUUUCGCCAUGACACCUUCGUUAUCUGGUGGACUAAUGGCAUUGAGCUCGAUCUUUGUCGUUUCAAAUUCAUUACUUCUGCAGCUCCAUAAGUCUGAAACAAGUAAAAAUAGCUUGUGAUCGGCUCCACAUCUAUUUUGGAGUCCAAGCAGAAGAAUGAAGGUUUUGUAUAUUCUGCUCUUUUGGAGUUUGUUUGUUAUUUAGCAGUAUAGCGAUUAUGAACCUUGUAUUGUUAUUCAUGAAUCUGAGGUUAUAUCAUAAUUAUACGUAAAUAUAGAUAAUCUUAACUUAAGCAUAUACUAUUCCCUUCUAGGUUUCUUUGAAACUCCACGACAACAUCUCACCAGCAAAAUUCACUUCCAGUCUGGUGGUAACAAAUCAGUUCCAUAAAAAGGAGAAAAGUAUGGAUAAAGGCCAAAUCACUUACUUUCCAAAGUUAGCUUAAAAAGAGUGGACACAAAUGCAUCUUCAAGUAAAUGUACUUGGUGGAUCAGACUCAACCCACUUAUCACUAAACAACAACCUUAUUAAUU